AUGAGGGAUAAUAAAAUUAAAAAACUGAAUUCCAAGAGUUGCGAUAUCGAUUCGUUGCUGCUGUUGACUGACGAUGAUGGUCGUAUUGAUUUUCUAACGAGUACCUUUUUAGGUGAUUUCGAAGAGAGUGUCUGUUUUGAGAUGAUCGACUUGCGUGGUGCAAUCGAUGCUCUCGCCUUUGAUGGUGUCAGCGGUGAUUGUUGUGGUAUCGGUGUUGACGCAGUGGGCAUCGUCGAGAAAAAGACAUCAACGUUGGAAGUCGUCGAUGUCGAUUGGAAGACUUCGAUUCGUAGUCGAUCAGCUUCUUCUUUCGAAGCUUACGUUUUUCACGCUCUGCAGCCUGCUUCUGGUUGGUCUCGAUCUCUUGGGCCGCGGAAACCAGCUCCUGACCCAACUCAUUCAAACGUUGUUCCUCGUUGGUCAGUGAGAGUUUGCGCUCUUCCAACUCAAACUCACGCUCUUCCAAUGUUCUCUGUGCCAAUUUCUCAGAUUCUUCUCUCAUUGCUUCCUUUUGACAUUCCAAUUGAAAAAGUUCAUCGUCGAAAUUAUCCCUAUGAGUUUAAUGUAUUAUUAAUAUACUUGAAUGAUCAACAACAUUCAGGACAUAUAAGAAAAAGUCAUAUAACCUGUUUCAUACAUACAUUGAUAAUCCUUUUUCUUAUUGUUGUCGUUUUUAAUGAAGCAGUAUUUUGUCAAACGAUACAGGUUUUAGAUUACACCGAUCCAACCCCUUCUUUUUUCUAUAAUAAGAAUCCAGGAGAACUAAGAUGUGAUUCUUCAUUUUCAAUAGAAAUUUUAAAUGACAUGCCAUCUAUAGCCGUAACAGCAUCGAACCCCAGUUUAUUAAAUAUUCAAAGAUCUGUUUCUAUAAUAUUUAGUAGUGAUCGUUCAAAUCUCUACUUUACUAUCGACUUUGACUUUGCACAAAGUUUAACUAGUUUGGACUUUUUUCUAGGAAAUGCUACCGUUCAACAAAAUUUCAGUAUUACUAAUUUCCAAUGUAUAGACCCCAAACAAUUUUGGAGCGCUGCAACUGUUUUGCCACCAAAAUUAUCAUUCUUUAGCGGAAUGUACCUUUUGAUUGAAUUUCCUCCAGAUUUUAAAUACUACAGACUAGCUACAUCCGGCGGCUACACCUGCCGCACAAACACAAUGUCACUCGAUUGUAGUGUAUUUCAAGCUUUCAAUAUUAUCUAUGUAAACAUCCCUAUAUCAACUACAGCAGAUAUCCCAUUGACUCCAAAUGUCACUGUAGAGAUUUUCUUCAAAGAUAUAAGCCUGUUUAAUAGAACAAUUGAUUCAUUUUAUCCUUGGAACUCUACCGAUCCUGUUUCAGUUGAUUACAGUAUUAUUCCACAAAACAAUUCAGUAAUCACAGCAACCAAUUUAAUGGAUAGUAGAGUUAUCGCAGAAUCUACGACCUUUGUUGUAAAUAACAGUCCCGCUGUUUACAAUUUUAAUAGUUUCCUUUUGAGAAUCAAAGAUAAAAACAAUACACAUACAACAUAUCAAUUUAAUUUCUCACCAACUUCAACUCCAUAUUUACCUAUCGCUAAUGGUAAUAUAUCAAAGCUAUCAAUUGAUUAUAAUUUAAACUUUACCUCAUUCAUUCCAGAUGCUAUUAUUUCAGGACAAUUCCAAAAUAUUACACAAAACAUCACUUUGUUGGAGAUUACCUUUCAACCUGUUGGCAAUCUUUUACUCUAUAGUCUAGGUGUAACUUUUAUUUACAAUCCUUAUAGUAGCUUUGAUUUCGAUUUAAUUCAGUCCACCUAUAAUUCCAAUUUCACGGUGGAGAUGCCUUUCUCGUACAAUACAUAUGGAAAUUUAUUAAGAAUUGAAUGGCAGUCGACUGUUUAUAAAACUUGGAUAAUACCAUUAGAGCAGAAUGUUUCAUUGAUCAAUGUUUCAAAAAUUAGCUGCACUUAUUUAAGUGCCUUUACUUAUUUGCUCCGAGUAGAGGUAAUGAACAAUGUUGAUGCUGUAAAAGUUAAACCAGGGGAAGUACCUUUAAAAGAAUCAAUUUCAUUUGAUGGUCAAAAAUAUAUUUAUGAGGCAGUAAUGUUGAACUCUCAGAAAAACCCCAAUAAUCAAAUAAUAGUCUCAUCAAAAAAUGGAUUUGUUGAAGUUUUGGAAGGAAAGCCAUAUAAUUCAAAUUUUGAUAUAUUCACACCUUAUCAAAAUUUAACAUAUUUUGCAUUAGGUGAAAAUACAAUUUUUAGAUUCGAAAAGAAUAAUAUUGAUUUGACAAACGGACCAGUCGAUAAUGUCUUGAUCAUGAGCUUUGUAGUUAACGACCCUGUAUUACAACCAGAGAUGAAAUUGGAUUCAUUAAUCUUUAAAGGUUAUUUCGAUUUUUCUGAUAAUCUUUACAAGAUUCCAUUCACAAUUGCAACCUGUUAUCCUCCAGGUGAAAUUCCAUUCAUUAUCAAUUUUCCAUUCAUCAAUAUCAUUUCUGGUGAAGAUUAUUUCACUACACCACUGAUUGUCAAUGGUGAUUUGAUCCCUCCAAUGAUUACAAAUGUUACUGCCAGCGUCCAAAACUUAAUUGUUGGUGCUGAUAACAAUCUCACAAUGGCUUGGAGAUUUAGAAUUGUAGAUGCAAAGGGUGGAUUCUAUAAUGGAACCAUUCAAUUAGUUUCAUCAAUCGAUCCUUAUCCAAUUACUAUUCCGAUCAAUACAACUCACUUGGUAUCGGGACAUCAAUAUGAUGGAGUAUACAUUGUAUUUGUAUCUAUUGAUGUUUUUAUUUGCCAACCACAAAUCUUCAAACUCUUCAAUGCAACACUUUUCGACAGUACUGGUAUUAAUUUAUAUCUACUCGAAGGAAAUAAUGUUGAUGCUUUUUUACCGAUUUAUGGAACACCAAUGGAAAAUCAAAUGCAGAUUAAUGUUUCAUGUCAAACUCCAAAUACACUAGUCCCAAUCAGUUCUCCUCCUACUUUAACAGUUAAUAGAACAACGAUUGAUGUAUUUUCAAAUAAUAGAACUGUUGAAUUCAAACUGGUUGUUAACGAUAAUAUUGGAUUUUCCUUUAGACAUACACCAGUCAUUCUCUUGACAUCACCUUAUUCCCAACCUCUCAGUAUUCAAAUGAAAGGUUUUUAUUAUAGUAUAAACACUGCAAAAUACAUAGUUAUCUAUGAGAUACCGUAUGGAUAUGGUUCAAUGGAGGGUAUCUUCAUAUCAGUAUAUGGAGUUGUUAACAAGCUAUUAAGUUAUAGCUCUUACCCCACUUCAAAGUUAGCAGCUUGGUCACAACCUUACAUGAUACAAAGAGUUUCUAGUUCGGAUUUAACCCCAAUGAUAGAUACUAUAUCUUCUCUUUCUAACUUGGGUGGACAGAUAAUGAUUUUAGGAAAUAAUUUUAUUCCAAGUAAUACUCAACUUUUGAUUGAUUGGAAAGAUGGUAACGGAUUCAUGCCAGUUCCAAUUGCUUCCAUUUCUUAUUCAACAAUCAUAGCCCAAAUUAAGCAAACUAGUGGCAAUUUUAAUUUGAAAAUCAAAGUGAAUGCAGCAGAGUCAAAUGUUAUCACUGUGAAUCCAAUUUAUACAGGACCAACACCAACACCCACCUCUACAGGAACACCAGCACCUUCAAACACAUCUACACUUUGUAGGGGAACGCCACCGUGCAACAAUCGUGGAACAUGUACAUCAACUGGUUGUGAAUGUAAAGCGCCAUGGACAGGACCAUCAUGUUCCUCUGAAACUAUUGUAAUCGUUCCACCAACACCUCAGCCGGAACCCCAAAUAGGAAUCAAUGUAACAGACUCCAAUACCGACAAUAUUGUCCAUUCAAAUAUUAAAUUUUUACAAGUAAGAGAGAUCGAUGAUGUUGGAGCAACAGUUCAAAGAUUUGACAUCAAAGAAUGGAUACUCAAAGACAAAACCAAUAGUUCAAAUCCGAUAUUCAUUUACAGUACAACAUUGAUUAACACAACAACCAAUAUCAAUGUAACUAUCAUGUAUUUCAAAGAUGAAGCAACAAUCAAGUUUGGUAGUCAAAAUUUAACGAUGCAACCCUCGUCAAUUAAAUUCACAAUUGAAAUUUCACAUUUUGAAUUCACCCAAAAAGUAAACUCUUUGCAAGUGGUUAUGGAGGCAUCAAUUAAAGGAUCAGACAAAUAUUCUUGCUCAUCAGUCGAUUUUGGAAGUGCAACUGGAUCUAAAAAUGACAUUCAAUGGAUAAAGAUGGAUAUUGAUAAAACCAGUCUUUAUGGAAGAUUCAUCACCUUUGGAAUUGUUGAUAAUAGAGAAACAAAUAUUAAGAAUGGAAUAGUUGAUGAUAAUGACAAGAGUGGAAGCGAAGAAAUUACAGAUUCAUCACAAUUCAGAAAAGUAUUAUUUGGAAUAACCAUUCCAAACUACAAUGAAUCGGUUCUGCUUGAUCCCGAUUUUUCAAAUAUUUUGAAUACCAAUGAUGACAAACCAACCAAUACACUAUGCAGUUCAAAAUCAUCACAAUUAUUGAGCACUGGUGCUAUCAUUGGAAUCGUUGUUGGAGCUGCUGCAUUAGCUUUUAUUAUUGCCACAAUUAUAUUCUUGAAAAAGAAAUAUAAAUAUAAUAUUAAAAUCCUACAAAUCAAAUUAAAAAGUACAAACCAAAAUAGAUAA